GUAACCAACUCGCCUGAUUCCACUCACCGGAUUCCCUCCGGUCGCCGGCUACAUAUACGCACGAUCCCAUCGGUCAAGGAUUCAUUUUCCGUCCCGAGAUACCCGCGCGUCCGGCCGUGCGUGCGUGCGACCCGCCAGCUCGCGCGCGUACUGUCACACCAGCCAUGGCGUCCGGCGAGGCGACGGACGUCGGCAUGCGCCGGCCGGGGUGCUGCGGUGGCGGCGUCUUCCCGGAGGAGUCGUUCGCGAGCUGGGGCGCAUACGGGCGGGCGCUGCUGGAGACGGGGCCGCGGCUCAGGGACCGGCUCACGGCGCGCUCCGCCGUCGACGUCGAGGUGCACGCCGUGCGCGGCCGCAGCGGCGCCGAAAUGCGCCGGGAGCUCAACUGGUGGGACCUCGCGUGGUUCGGCGUCGGCGCCGUCAUCGGGGCCGGCAUCUUCGUGCUCACCGGGCAGGAGGCCAAGGAGGCCGCUGGCCCCGCCGUCGUGCUCUCCUACGCGGUGUCCGGCAUCUCGGCCAUGCUCUCCGUGUUCUGCUACACCGAGUUCGCCAUCGAGAUCCCAGUCGCAGGCGGUUCGUUCGCGUACCUGCGGGUGGAGCUGGGCGACUUCAUGGCCUUCAUCGCCGCCGGCAACAUCCUGCUCGAGUACUGCAUCGGCGGCGCGGCGGUGGCGCGCUCGUGGACGUCCUACUUCGCCACGCUGCUCAACCACCACCCCAACGACUUCCGCAUCCACGCCACCUCGCUCGCCGAGGACUACAACCGCCUCGACCCCAUCGCCGUCGUCGUCAUCACGCUCAUCUGCCUCUUCGCCGUGCUCAGCACCAAGGGCUCCUCCCGCUUCAACUACAUCCUCUCCAUCGUCCACUUCGCCGUCAUCAUCUUCAUCAUCGGCACCGGCCUCUCCAAGGCCAAGCUCUCCAACUUCACCGCCGAGUUCGCGCCCUACGGCGCCCGCGGCAUCUUCGCCGCGUCCGCGGUGCUCUUCUUCGCCUACAUCGGCUUCGACGCCGUCAGCACCAUGGCCGAGGAGACCAAGAACCCGGCCAAGGACAUCCCCGUGGGGCUCGUCGGCGCCAUGGCGCUCACCACCGUCGUCUACUGCGUGCUCGCCGUCACGCUCUGCCUCAUGCAGCCGUACCGGGACAUCGACCCCGACGCGCCCUUCUCCGUCGCCUUCAGCGCCGUCGGCAUGGACUGGGCCAAGUACAUCGUGGCCUUCGGUGCGCUCAAGGGGAUGACCACCGUGCUGCUCGUGAGCGCAGUGGGCCAGGCCAGGUACCUCACCCACAUCGCGCGGACGCACAUGGCGCCGCCGUGCCUCGCCGUCGUGUCGCCGCGCUGGGGAACGCCGGUGCGUGCCACAGUCACAAUGCUCACCGCCACGGCCAUCAUCGCGUUCUUCACCGACCUCGGCAUCCUCUCCAACCUUCUCUCCAUCUCCACGCUCUUCAUUUUCAUGCUCGUCGCCGUCGCGCUGCUCGUCCACCGCUACUACGCGUCCGGCGAAACCACCGCCGCCAACCGUAACAAGCUCGUCUCGUGCAUCGCCAUUAUCCUCGCCGCCUCCGUCGGUACAGCGGUGUACUGGGGUGUGGCGGUGGACGGCGGGUGGGCGGCAUACGUGGUGACCGUGCCGGCGUGGUUCGCGGCGACGCUUUACCUGCACCUCGGGGUGCCAAAGGCGAGGGUGCCAAAGAUGUGGGGGGUGCCGCUGGUGCCGUGGCUGCCGUCGGCGUCCAUCUUCAUCAACAUCUUCCUGCUCGGAUCCAUCGAUGCAAAGUCUUUCAUGAGGUUCGCGAUAUGGACGGUGGCGUUGCUCGUGUACUACUUCUUCGUCGGCCUCCACGCCUCCUACGACACCGCCAAGGUGCUCGCCGCCGAGGCUGCCGCCGCCAGGGUGGAAGAAGGCGGCCACAAGGCCGUGGAAAUUGCCGGAGCUAGCAAUUAAUUAGCACAGCAAUUCAUUAGACUAGUGAUCUGUACGUCCAUUAUGCUUCACAAUCUCAAAUUAGUUGAUGUAGUACUAGCUACUAGUAGUGUCGUUUUAUAUUUGUUAAGAACUUUUUUGACGAAAGUAUGGUUAGCUGGUUUAAUA